CAGUAGAGGCACGCGCGUUUACGUAGUAAUAUCCCAAUCACCGCUUACCUCGAUUAGGGUUUAGAAAGAGGGCAAAUCUGAUUAAAGGAUCCCUCCAAAAGAUCAGAGAAAUUUUGCCUUUUUUCCUUCAAUCGCCUAUUUCGCUCAGAUACCUAUAACGCAGAAGCACUCCAGGAGGCGAGGAGAGUCGACUCGAGUCGGUGAGAUGGGAAGGGGCAAAUUCAAGGGCAAGCCCACUGGGCGCCGCCACUUCUCAACCCCGGAAGAGAUGUUGGCUGGCACUUCUUCUCGUCCCCGCACUUUCAAGAAGGAAGAAGAGGAAGAAGUGGAAGAUGAAACUUCAGAUGCAGAGGCUGAAGUGGAAUCUGAGGAAGAAUCUGAAAAAGCGAAAGGCACCCAGGGUAUCAUACAGAUUGAGAAUCCCAAUCUUGUGAAACCUAAGAAUGUGAAAGCACGUGAUGUUGAUGUGGAGAAAACAACUGAACUAUCAAGGCGUGAGAGAGAGGAGAUUGAAAAGCAGCGAGCUCAUGAAAGGUAUAUGAGGCUUCAAGAACAAGGCAAGACUGAGCAAGCAAGAAAAGAUUUAGAACGCUUGGCACUUAUACGACAACAGAGAGCCGAAGCUGCCAAGAAACGCGAAGAGGAGAAAGCUGCCAAGGAACAGAAGAAGAUGGAAGCUCGCAAAUGAUAUUUAUUUGUAUUGUGUUCUGCAACAUAAAACUAAGACAAUUUGAUUUGGUAUAUGAAAUGAUGUUUAGCUGAAUUCCAAUGGACAGGAAGGAUAUAUGUUUUACUUGGAAACUGCUUAUAACAAUAUUCAACUCCCAAUUUCCUUUUUUA